AUGCGUUUAUCAUUUAUAUUUCAAGCAGCUAAAAGUGGACGACAAUUACUUGUUAAUUGUGAAUCUCAAGCUACAGGUCAUCGAAUAAUGCGUAUACGUGAACGAACAAAAGAUAAACUUGAAUUUUUACAUAUAGAUCCAUGGAUUAAUCAAGAAGUUUUAUAUAAAGAAACAAGAAAAAUUAAAACAUUAGAAAAACAAAACAACCGUGAAAUACAUAUUAGUCGUUUAACAUAA